UGUGUGGAAAAAUUGCACAUCUGUGUUCAGUGUGUGGUAAUUCGUAAGUCAAAAAACCGAAUCGCGUAGUAAAACCGCUACGAACGACUGAUCCCUUUCCGGUAAUCGGGCAUUUCUGUGUUGUUUCCAUCUUCGAUCAAGUAGCGCAGUAAAAAGCUGCGUUGUUUGAAUUGUUAUUCGAUAUAGCUAUGAUGCUUGCUUCCGCCGUACGUAAUUUGUCCCGUCGGUCGUUCUCGACCUCUAAAGCGGUCUCAGCCCAACAAUUGACCGUCCGCGAUGCCCUUAACGCAGCGCUUGAUGAAGAAAUGGAACGGGACGAGAAGGUGUUCCUGCUCGGUGAAGAAGUGGCCCAGUAUGAUGGUGCGUACAAGGUUUCCCGAGGACUGUGGAAGAAAUACGGAGAUAAGCGAGUAAUCGAUACUCCCAUUACGGAAAUGGGUUUCGCCGGUAUUGCAGUUGGUGCGGCAAUGGCUGGACUGCGUCCGGUUUGCGAAUUCAUGACAUUCAACUUUUCGAUGCAGGCCAUCGAUCAGGUUAUCAAUUCCGCCGCUAAAACGUUCUACAUGUCUGCCGGUACAGUCAACGUUCCGAUUGUGUUUCGUGGUCCAAAUGGAGCUGCAGCAGGUGUUGCGGCACAGCAUUCGCAAUGCUUUGGCGCCUGGUAUUCGCAUUGUCCCGGUUUGAAAGUGGUAUCACCAUAUGACAGCGAAGAUGCAAAAGGACUGUUGAAGGCUGCCAUUCGCGAUCCAGAUCCAGUAGUAGUGUUGGAAAACGAAAUGGUAUAUGGAGUAAGUUACCCCGUGUCCGAUCAAGUUUUAGACAAGAACUUUGUGCUACCUAUUGGCAAGGCAAAGAUAAUGCGGCCUGGUAAGCACAUCACUAUAGUUUCACACUCCAAAUCUGUUGAGACCGCACUCCAAGCGGCCAACGAACUGGCGGGUAAAGGAAUCGAAGCAGAAGUCAUCAACUUACGAUCACUUCGUCCUUUGGACUCGGAAACUAUUUUCAAGUCCGUACAAAAGACUCACCAUCUCGUGACGGUAGAGCAGGGAUGGCCUCAAAGCGGCAUUGGCUCAGAAAUCUGUGCGCGCAUCAUGGAACACGAGACAUUCUUCCAUCUGGAUGCACCGAUUUGGCGUGUCACCGGUGUCGAUGUUCCAAUGCCCUACGCUAAGACAUUAGAAGCAGCUGCGCUUCCACAAGUACCUGAUGUUGUCACUGCCGUUAAUAAGGUGCUAGGUGUGAAGUAAAUCUCAGGCCCAUCCAAUUGAAAGCAUGUUCUUUGCAGUUCAAAACAUACAAAAACAUGAUUGUUGUCCAUAGAGGGUUUCAGUGAUGCCAGGCAUAUUACAGUUCUGUUUUGAUUAGACAGUGUUAGACAGGUGAUAAACCACUUUUUAUUUCCUUUCAUUUUUGGCAUGUUUCAGGCAAAUUUCUGUUCAAUUAAUUCGUUGAUGUAACAUUAGCGUUGUUUUGGGAAUUUUAAUCUAUGGGACGUAGCUACGAAAUCCGUAUUUCACAUGAGUGUAGUAGCACCUAGCCGAAUGUGUUUUUGGCACGAGUUUGGAAGACGGUAGAAUAAGAUCUGCGUAAGCAAAAGAAAAUGCUGUCCGUAAAGCAACUGGAGCUAAUUUAUUGUAAUUUCAUAGAGAUUUUUAGUUUUCUUAACACAUCACCUUAUGCCAAGGGCAUAUAUUAAAAAAAAAAAACGAUAGAAGCUUGUAUAGGAUUUCUUUUGUCACCGGUUUAACAAAUGUUUGUAUGCUUCAUUACAUCUUUCAAUAUGCAGAGGAACUCAUUUAUACGCCAGCUAGCGAAACGCCGCCAAGAAAAGUAACGAAUCAUUACUCCACCAGAAGAAUUAAGAUAUAGCUACGAGAAACAAUUGUAAAUAAAUUAUUCACAUUUCACCAUCAAGGAUAAACUCAAGAAUGCAAAAUCCACAGAACAAACUACACAAACGGUACCAUGGAAAGGAAAACUCUGAUCUGCUGUUCGAAUCGGUAUGGUAAUGAAAUGCAAUAUAAACUGGGACAAAUAAAUCUAGUUGAAAGAUAUUAUGCUCAGGAAA